UCUGCGACACGUCCACCUGCCUUUUGCAGGAUUAGCUAAUGGUGUGUAAGUUGGAAAUAGUGACAGCAGCAACUUUUAGACAGAGUUCAGCGGGGUUUUGCUGACAUUCAGAGUGGGGCUGACUUAAAACAAUAUUUCAAGCGCUGUGAAUAUUUUCGUUUGAAAGAAGGAGACAGUGAGCGGAGUCAGCCGCUCUGGCAUGUGUCAGAAAGAGCGCACUGACUGAAACCUGUAGAAAUCUUCUGUGGUUAUCCAGGCACUGUUGUUGCUUUCAGGAUGAACAACGAAGAGCUGGUGGAGUAUUUCAGGGAUCAGAUGAGGAAAGACCCGGACAUGGCCUCUGCUGUUGCUGCUAUCCGUACUUUGCUUGAAUUCCUCAAGAGAGAUAAAGGUGAAACAAUCCUGGGCCUGAGGGAGAGCCUGACGUCAGCCACAGACUGCCUUACAGGAGUGGACUCCUCUGUGGCUGUCUCCUCGGGAGGGGAGCUCUUCUUGCGCUUCAUAAGCCUCACAUCUCUGGAGCACCAGGACCUGUCUCGCUGUAAGAAGGUGAUGGAGGAGAGAGGAGAACUAUUUUUAGAGAAGAUCUCCAUGUCGAGGACCAAGGUUGCCAAGCUCUGUCACACCUUUAUCAAAGAUGGCGCUAAAAUCCUGACUCACUCCUACUCCAGAGUUGUCCUCAGGGUGCUGGAAAAAGCUGCAGCUGAGAAGAAACGAUUCUCUGUCUAUGUGACUGAAUCACAGCCUGAUGCAGCUGGGCAACACAUGGCAGAAGCCCUGAGGAAACUCAAUGUUCCAGUAACGGUGGUGCUGGACGCAGCUGUGGGAUACGUCUUGGAAAAAGUGGAUCUAGUCAUCGUUGGUGCUGAGGGAGUUGUGGAGAGUGGUGGGAUCAUCAAUAAGUGCCGUCAACUCCAAACCAUACGUCACAACAUUUUGUAG